AUGUCCCAAGAGGAAGCGGUCAAGUCUGCCAACGAUGCGAUUGCCAAUUUGCAUCUCGAUGAGGUUACCGGAGAGAUGGUUUCUAAGUCUGAGUUGAAGAAGCGUGCCAAACAAAGGCAGGUCGAAGCCAAGAAGGCUGCUAAGAAAGCUUCUGCUCAACCAAAGCCAGAGCCUAAGAAGAAGUCUAAUGAUGCAUUUGCUGACUUGGACCCUUCGCAAUACUUUGAGGCUAGAAGCCGUCAAAUUCAAGAAUUGAAGAAUACCCAGUCGCCUAAUCCUUACCCACACAAGUUUCAUGUUUCUACUGGCCUUUCAGACUUUUUGAAGAAGUACGCUCACUUGCAAAGAGGCGAGACCUUGCCCGAAGAGAAAGUCUCUAUUGCAGGUAGAGUUCAUGCCAAGAGAGAGUCCGGUUCCAAGUUGAAGUUUUACGUCUUGCACGGUGAGGGUGUUGAAGUUCAACUUAUGUCGCAGCUACAGGACUACCACUCUGAAGCUUCUUAUGAGGCCGACCAUGACUUGAUCAAGAGAGGUGACAUUGUGGGUGUUGAAGGUUACGUCGGAAGAACACAACCAAAGAAGGGUGGUGAGGGUGAGAUCUCUGUUUUUGUUUCUCGCAUUCAGCUGUUGACUCCAUGUUUGCAUAUCCUGCCAGCUGACCACUUUGGUUUCAAGGACCAAGAAACUAGAUACAGAAAGCGUUACCUGGAUCUCAUCAUGAACAAGGAUGCCAGACCACGUUUCAUUACUCGUUCCAAGAUCAUUUCUUUCAUUAGAAGAUUCUUGGACGAGAGAAACUUUAUCGAAGUGGAGACUCCAAUGAUGAACGUGAUUGCUGGUGGUGCCACUGCAAAGCCCUUCGUUACUCACCACAAUGACCUUAACAUGGAUAUGUUUAUGAGAAUUGCUCCAGAGCUUUUCUUAAAGGAGCUGGUUGUCGGCGGUAUGGAAAGAGUCUAUGAAAUCGGUAGACAAUUCAGAAACGAGGGUAUCGACAUGACCCACAACCCUGAAUUCACAACCUGUGAGUUCUACCAAGCUUACGCUGACGUCUAUGACCUGAUGGACAUGACUGAGAUGUUGUUCUCUGAGAUGGUCAAGGAAAUUACUGGCUCUUAUGUCAUCAAGUACCACCCAGACCCUCGCGACCCUACCAAGGAGCUUGAGCUCAACUUCUCCAGACCUUGGAAGAGAAUCAACAUGAUCGAGGAGCUAGAGAACAGAUUGAAUGUUAAGUUCCCACCUGGCGACCAAUUGCACACUGCAGAGACUGGCAACUUCUUGAAGAAGGUCUUGAAGGAGAACAACUUGGAGUGCCCUCCACCAUUGACCAACGCUCGUAUGUUGGACAAGCUUGUUGGUGAACUUGAGGACACUUGUAUCAACCCAACUUUCAUCUUUGGUCACCCUCAGAUGAUGUCUCCAUUGGCCAAGAAAUCGAGAGACGUGCCAGGUCUCUGUGAACGUUUCGAAGUCUUUGUUGCUACCAAGGAAAUUUGCAAUGCUUACACUGAAUUGAACGACCCAUUUGACCAAAGAGCUCGUUUCGAGGAACAAGCUAGACAAAAAGACCAGGGUGAUGACGAGGCUCAACUAAUCGACGAAACUUUCUGUAAUGCCCUGGAAUACGGUUUGCCACCAACUGGUGGUUGGGGCUGUGGUAUUGACAGACUGGCCAUGUUCUUGACUGACUCCAACACCAUUAGAGAGGUUUUGUUGUUCCCAACCUUGAAGCCAGAUGCUCAAAGGGAGGCUGAAGAAGAGAAGGCGAACUAA